UCAACAGCGUUUCUCAGAAAUCGCUUACUGCACCUUAAAUGAACACUAGUUCAUUAGGACAUUGAGCAUAAUGAUGAAGAAAAGUGAAGUAGAACGAAAUUUAAAAAGAAAUUGUUUUAAUACGUCGGUAUUUUGGCCAUGUUUAAGUGUGACGCUGGCGUAGAGUUACUGUUAUAUGAAACGUUCUGGCUAUUAUUCUGUAGUGAGUAGUAAAUAUAUUAAAUAGCAAUUUAAUCAAUCUAUGUUGUGCUUUUUACGUCCACUUACGUGCAGUCUUCAUGCCUGCUUCAAGUUUGGAGGGGUGGAGUUGUAGUUAUAGUUGAACUCUGUCUGGUGUGGUGUUGGUUGAAGACUUGAAGUGUGCUGCAAACACAACACGAGGAUUUGAACAACUGCCUGUCUUUAACUGAGGUUGCAAGAGUGAUUAUUUAGAUCUGAGAUGUUUGAGAAGGUGAGGAGGAGCGUCAGAAGCGUGUAUGAUGUGGAGGAGUUCAGACGCACUGCAUUCAGGAGAAGAUCUGGACACGCUGAAGAGAUGAAGGUCAGACGUGGAUCAGUUCCUGGAGAUGUUGGAUGUGAUGAUAAGGACAAGAGUUUGCUGAGAGACAGGACCUCAGUGUUGAGGAAGACAGCGGUGUAUACCGUCUCACCAAUGCCUCCUCCACCAGUGCUUCCGAAGCCGAAAUUCCAGUGUCCAGUGAACAUUUCAAGAGGAAACAUCAUGGACGGGGAUGACACCAUGACAAAUAUAACCCGAGGGAGAACGUCAGCAGUCUCGAAGUAUUACCGACACUUGGACAAGGGUGUCACCAAAACUACAUCAGACUGUUCUCCGCUCAUUGAAGCUCCUGUGAACCCCGAACGCUCAGACUCAGAGGUCCUGCAGGGAGACGGCGUCUUCACUCAGGUGUCCUCGCAGGAGUCCGACUGGCACGUUUGGUCGGGCUGGUGGUCCGAAGAGGUCAAAGGUGAAGGUGUGUUUGAAGAGCAAGGAACGGACGCAAAACAUCUUGUGCCACCCUCAGAAAUCAGCAGGAGAGAAAGUGCUUUACAGAACCACAAGGACGAGACUCAGUGGCAGGAGAGUGUCCUAAAUGAAGAGACGCAGAACAUGGAGAAAGAUGAAGACAAACAAGAGCAGAUCAAAGAGCUCAAACUGUAUAAGAUAGCCAAUGAGCUCCUGCAGACGGAGAGGGCGUAUGUGACCCGUCUGCAUCUGCUGGACCAGGUGUUCUGUGCCAAACUCACCGAGGAGGCUGGGAAGGGGGCAUUUCCUGUUGAGGUGGUGAAGAGCAUCUUCUCGAAUGUGGGAUCCAUUUACACCUUCCACAGCAAGUUCCUCCUGCCGGAUCUGGAGACGCGGAUGAGCCAGUGGGACUCCACGCCCCGCAUCGGGGACAUCUUGGCACAGCUCGCGCCCUUUCUGAGGAUGUACGCCGAGUACGUGAUAAAUUUCGACAGCGCCAUGGAUCUGCUCAAACAGUGGAUGGAGCGAUCGGCACAGUUUAGCGCCAUCAUUCAGGACAUACAGAGUCAGGACGUGUGUGGGAAUCUGACUCUGCAGCAUCACAUGCUGGAGCCGGUGCAGCGGGUUCCUCGUUACGAGAUGCUGCUCAAAGACUAUCUGAAGAAACUCCCGGAGAACGACAACGACCGCAGCCAGGCCGAGAAGUCUCUGAACAUCAUCUCGAUGGCUGCCGCACACUCCAACACGGCCAUCCGCAAGAUGGAGAACCUGAAGAAGCUCAUGGAGAUCUAUGAGAUGCUGGGAUGCGAGGAGGACAUCGUUAACCCGUCCAACGAGCUCAUUAAAGAAGGACAGAUCCUAAAGCUGGCCGCCAGAAACACCUCGUCCAUGGAGAGAUACCUCUUCCUGUUUAACAACAUGUUGCUGUACUGCGUGCCCAAGUUCAGUCUUGUGGGUCAGCGGUUCACCGUGCGCACGCGGGUCGGAGUUGCGGGCAUGAAGGUGCUUGAAACCUCCAAUGAUGACUAUCCUCACACUUUCCAGGUGUCGGGUAAAGAGCGAACGCUGGAGCUGCAGGCCAGCUCAGAGCAAGACAAAGAGGACUGGAUUAAGGCAUUCAAGGAGACCAUUGAAAUCUUUCAACAGAAGAAUGAAACUUUCAAGUCAGCCUCUAAAGAAGUGGCGGAUGAGGUGUCUAAAGAAGAGUUGGGGAAGAGAGCCCCGCGCUGGAUUCGGGACAAUGAAGUGACCAUGUGCAUGAAAUGCAAGGAGCCCUUCAACGCUCUGACCCGCAGGAGACACCAUUGCAGGGCAUGUGGAUAUGUUGUGUGCUAUAAAUGUUCGGACUAUAAGGCACCACUGAGGUACGACAGUAACAGAUUAAAUAAGGUCUGUAAGGACUGUUACUUCACUCUCACCGGCAGAGCGGACACCGAGGAACCAGUUGCCGGGAAGAAAAGAGGAAUUCUUGAGAUUGAAGCCGCUCAGGUCUCAGGAAACAGUGUCUUAUGCGGUUUUCUGCAGUACAGUGACAGAACUAAACCGUGUCAGAGGGUCUGGUGUGUGAUUCCACAGCAUGACGCACUGGUGCUUUACCUGUACGGCGCUCCACAGGAUGUCAAAGCCCAGUGUACCAUCCCGCUCCUGGGUUACCAGGUUGAGGAUGUCCAGCGGCCUGUGGAUCAUCCUCCCACCAGCUUCCGUCUGUGCCAGUCCAAAUCUGUCCACUGCUUCACUGCCGACACGGAGGAAGUGAAACUGCGCUGGCUGAGAGUGAUACGCAAAGCCGUGAUCGGGGAGAUGCCGGAAUGCCAGACGCCAGAUGUUGUCGACCUUGCCAACGGUUGCCAUGAAGGAGUGCCUGAUGGUACCUGAAAAAGACAGACGGUUUUCCACCUUUUGCACUGUUAGGUGUGCAACCCUUAAAAUCCCAGCAGAUUAGAAUAUGUGUUGGUAAAGAAAACACUUAGGGAACAGAUUGGAUUUGUUUGGGAGUGUAUAAAUAGAUGACAAAUCAAUAUCAGAUAUUUUAAUGCACUAUAAUGUCAACCUCAAUCAGACUGGUAAAACAUUCAGUGAUUAUUUAAAUGAUUUUACUGUCUUUGUAUUUGUUCGCAGACCAAUCACUGCCAAGCUAAUCCAAAUUAUUAUGCUUUGUGAUUUAUUAGUCUUUCUAUUUGUGCCAUCAUCUUUUAUAUAUAUUUUUAUUUUUUAAUGUUAAUGUGCUGCUUGUCAUUGUCACUGUCCCUAAGAUUUAUGCACUUUAUUGCUUUUUGUAAACCAGGAUGUUGACAUUAAAAUGAAUAAAGAAUAAAAGCUC